UGGAAGCUAAAUGGGUGUGACCCACAUACUGUGUCGUCUUCACUGAGUUGCGCAAUGUGUUUUAUCACAUCUUAUUCGACCCGACCGAGCCACUCCCUUCUUAAAUUUCACAGCAUUUGUUGUUGAGGUUCAAAUCCGGUCUUUUCUCACAACUGACGUUACUUUGGCAAACGGCUAGAAACUUCAAGCGAGCAAACAAACAACAAAACUUUGGAAAAGGGAGGAAACUUACACCUGGAGAAAUUUGAACUACACAAACCCGUCAGUUGCUGGUCAUGGGGGACAUCGCAAAAGGGAAGAAAUCGUUUGUCCAGAAAUGUUCCCAGUGUCACACAGUGGAAGAGGGGGGCCGCCACAAACAGGGGCCCAACCUGUGGGGUCUGUUUGGUAGGAAGACAGGACAGGCAGAAGGCUACUCCUAUACACAGGCCAAUAUUGAUAAAGGCAUCAUUUGGGAUGAGGGGACUCUAAAUACGUACCUUCAAAACCCUAAGAAGUACAUUCCUGGUACCAAGAUGAUCUUCAGUGGGAUCAGGAAGAAAAAGGAAAGAGAGCAUAUUGUAGCCUAUUUAAAGGACGCCACCUCCCCUGAUACCCCAACCCCACCUUCCACUGACACCUCCGAAUCCAAAUCCACAUCCCCACCCCCUUCCUCCCCCAAAUCCAAAUCCACCUCCAAAUCCAAAUCCACCACAAAAAAAUAAAUUUCUGUGUCAUGAUUUUUAACUAAUUCACAAUAGUUUUUUUAAAAUGUCUAUCACUACAUUUUGUUCCAGUACAGCAUUGCUGCCACACUGUUUCUGUGUGUAGGAGACUGUUUUUAAUUAUCGUAUGAGUCAGCCUUCGUGCAACUUGUGGGUUUUGACAUUUCCUCAGUCAAGGCUUCUUAAAGAGGCAGUCUUCCUUUGGGAUUUCCUAGGAUUGGAGUUGUUUACCUAAAUAGGCUAUUUUACAAACUACUUUGCAUUUUUGCCACUUUAACUAUACCGCAAUGUUGAUUGCUGUUUUUAAGAUUUAUUUUUGUACUUCUUGUUUACUACUUAUAAGUCUCAUUCUGUGUACAUGUUGUAUUCUUCUACACUCUUAACAUGGGUUGACUGAGAGUGUGUUAAAUGGUGCUGAAAUGUACUUUUUUCCUUCUCUUUUUAUAGUUACGGGGUGGACUUGUUAUAAAGCUGCACUUUAAAAUGAGUGUUUUGUAUUUUUUCUUUUCUAAAUGAAUGUGUGUAUUCGGCUUAAUGACAGAUUUGUCAUUUACAGAAAAAUUAAAUUUACAAGUUCUACCCCUGGUCUAAUAACAACAUGUUGUAUACGGGUUCAUCUUAAGUGCUUACAUUUAUAUUAUAUUCUUUAUAUUGAGUUACUGUUAUUACUUUUCUGGAGAAUACCUUGACCUUGACUUCAGGAAAUGGAUGUGGCAAUAAAAGUUCUGC